GUUUGUUUUUACUAACGUUAUGUCAGUUCGUGUUUGUUAGUUUACUUUGUAAAAUUUACGUUUAUGUUGAACUGUGAUGAAGAUGAGACCAGACUACCACGAUAUGAUGUUGUGUCCCUUUAAACUCAAAUCCAGCCUCCAGUCCCGGUCCUGGAUUAGCUCCUCCAGGUGUGUGUAAUCAGACAGGUGUGAACAUCACCUUAUGAAGGUGAAGCAGGGCUGGUCAGUGUCGCUCUGGAGGACCGAUCCGUCUCGCGGACAUGUUGCUGUGUGCUGUCUGUCUCCUGUUGGUCUAUCUGCGAGGACUUCAGACAGAUGGAGACCAGCCUCAGACCCAGGAUCAGAUCCAUGAUGGGACUGAUGGUCGGCUGAAUGGGACUUUGGCUGGAACUCGGAACAACUAUGGAUAUUUUAAUAUCAGUGGAUUUUUCCUGUGUGACCCGCUCAGAUCUGGCAGGGAUCCGGUCCUUUCCUCUGGAGCUGGAAAUAGAGACCAGGAUCAUUGGGGGUCAGGAGGCCUGGGCCCACUCGUGGCCCUGGCAGGUCUCCCUUCAGCUCUCCUCCACGUCGGCCUGUGGUGGGGCCAUCAUCAGCCCGCUGUGGGUGGUCUCUGCCGCCCACUGCUUUACAAGGUCAGCAGGUACAAAGAAGAGUCCCUGUGGACAGUGGUGGCGGGUAAACAUGACCUGGAUAAAUUGGAAGAGCCUGAACAGCAGAUGGUUGAUGUUGCCCGUAUCAUCUGCCACAACGAAUACAACACCCGCACCAAAGAGGGCGACGUGGCUCUGCUGAAGCUGAAGCGUCCGCUGGUUUUUAACCAGUUCGUCAGACCCAUCGACAUCUGGAUGAGUCCUCUACCGGAGCACCUGCACUGCACCACCACCGGCUGGGGCUCGACGCAAGAGAAUGGCCCUCGAGUCCACAGACUGCAGGAGGUGAACGUGAGCAUCCUGUCCUCGGAAGUCUGCAAUGAAUACUAUAAAGGCAGGAUCACUCAGUCAAUGUUCUGCGCUGGGAAGGAUGAAGGAGGUGUCGAUGCUUGCCAGGGGGAUUCUGGCGGUCCCCUGUCCUGCUUCACCGGGACCAGACACGAGCUGGCAGGUCUGGUGAGUUGGGGAAUCGGUUGUGGUCGAGCCAGAAAACCGGGAGUCUACAGCAAAGUCCAGCAGCACAUUAACUGGAUCUCUGAGAUCAUGAAUGAGAAGAAAGUGGAUGAAAACGAGCUACGAGAGGUCCAGUGUGGAAAACCGCAGACUUCCACAUGCGAUCGGGCUCCAGGCCUGGCUGGGCUCUCGGUGGAUCAGGAUGGGAAGGUGUUUGUGGAGAACGUGACGGAGACCUGCCCCUCCCUUUGGCCCUGGAUGGUCAGUCUGCAGGACGACAAACGGCAUUACUGCAGUGGCGUCCUAAUCCACCAACGCUGGGUCCUCACGGCCAGACACUGCAGAGUCAGACCCAAAGAGGAUGUGGUGAUUCUGGGAGUCCAUGACCUGAAGUUCAUGUCAGCUCAGACUAUCCUGGUGGACGAGGUCCUCAGUCCCGGUCACGACCCCGACCUGACCCUGGUCCGCCUCAGCGUUCCUGCCAAAUUUGGUCAGACCGUGUCUCCGAUAUGUGUCCCAGAGGAGGACGAGGAACUGGACAACAGCUGGACUUGUGUCACGGCCGGAUGGGGAAAAACUAAAACCCAUGAAGAAAAAACGGCAACUGGAGAGAAACUAGAUCCGGACAGACUGCACCACGCCACCCUGACCCUGGUCAAUGACUCGGACUGCAGGGAGAAUUGGGAUGACCUUGUCAGUGACGACCAUGUCUGCUCGCAUCCAGCUGGAUCUACUUCCUGUAUGGGCGACGCCGGAGCUCCUCUGUUCUGUCAGAAACAUGAUGCCUACUUCCUGUUUGGUGUGGUCACAUGGGGCAGCUGGCGGUGCAGACCGGAUAAAAUGGCCAUCUUCACCAGAGUCCCGGAGUUUCAUUCAUGGAUCACUGAUGUCACCGAUGAUGUAUAAAAAAUUUAAAAGCUUUUUAUAAUCUGGAUGGAAGAAAAUAAAAUAAUAUAACAGGUU